CAGAAGUUCCCCCUGCGCAUGAAGGACAACGACCUCCUGGUGACGGAGCUCUACCGCGACCCAACCGAAGACGCCGUCACCGCCCUCAGCGUCUACCUCACCCCCAAAACCAGCGACAGCGGGAAUUGGAUCGAGAUUGCUUACGGCACCAGCUCCGGCGUGGUGCGGGUCAUCGUGCAACACCCUGAAACCGUCGGCUCCGGCCCUCAACUCUUCCAAACCUUCACCGUCCACCGCAGCCCCGUCACCAAAAUCAUGUUGUCGGAGAAACACCUCAUCUCCGUCUGCGCCGACAACAACCACGUCCGCACCUGGACGGUGACGCGUUUCCGCGGGAUGAUCUCCACCCAACCGGGCUCUACGCCGUUGGCUUCCUUCAAGAUCCUCGCCUUGGAUGAGCUCGAGGGCUCCGGCGCCGGUGCCGAUAUCGGUGAGGAAAGCGCCCCCUGCUGGUUUGGCGCCGAGGUCAACGGCGGCGGGG